AUGGCGACCGUGUCCACCUCUCUGUCGGACCUGCCUCUUGAGCAGUUGACCCUUUACCAGACGUCCGAUCCCUUUCUCGCCUCCAUCUUCGUCUUCUACGGUCCUGUCGCAACCGCCAAUGCUACCGUUAGCAGCUCGCGCAUCCAGGCGCAUGUCUUCACCCCCGCCGGUUUCCAUAGCUAUCCCCGAAUUACCGUCUCCCCAGCUGCUCCCUUAUAUGCGGCCGUCAACCACCUCCCACGAGAAAAACAAGGCGAUGAAGUGUGUCGCGGUCUGGCCGUCAGCAUGUUAAAGUACUUUGCGGAUCUGUCCGAGUCAACCAAGGAAUGCCUCUACGAUCUCGCCCGCGCGGGGAAGCCCGGUGGGAAGAUCCCCAAGAUGUUUGAUGAGAUGCAUGCCGCGGAUCUAGCAAAUCGCAUGGUUCCGGUGGAGAAUAUGGUAACGAACAGUCAUAAUAAUUAUAAUAAUAAUAAUACGGCUCUAUCGGACACGAUUCGCGACAUCCGCGGUGCGUUUCAGGAACGCAAGCUCCCAUGGAUCGAUCUCGAUGUCAUCCUCCCCGCCGGAACCAUACAACCGCCCCCGCGACCCGACGAUAACGAUACCUCCCAAGAUCUCGAAGACACCCCCGAUCACCAAUAUGGUCGCUACUCUUCGAUCAUUCGCGCAUUGGGGGAUCCGAUUUUCUUACCUACCUCCCGAUUGAAACGUGCACCGUCCCAACCCACCAAUGUCAGCCGGUCCCGCCUAUUCUCGAGAGGCCAGAAGGAGGCCCUCCGGCUCACCAUGUGUGAGCUGGUUGAUACGGAGGAGCGAUAUGUCGCCAAGAUGUACCACCUAGUGCGGGUCGUUGCGGAGGAAUUCCGGAUCAAAGCGCAGUCACGAUCGGCUACCAGUACGAGCCCCGACGAGUCGGCCCUCAAAGCCCUGUUCCCGCCAUGUUUGAACGAGAUACUCGACAUCAAUAUGGGCUUCUUGGAGGUCAUUCGUCAGGUACUCGAAGAGACGGAGAAGGACGCCAUUGUCGAUAUUGCGGAGGACACAGAAAUGUCGCAUCGAGCCUCGUCACGAGAAAGCAAGGACGCCAUCGGUGCUGCAACUUUUGCAAACGCUUUGAUCGAAUGGUUCCCACGGUUCUCGGAACCCUAUGCGGAUUACAUGCGCGCUCACAACGGCUUCACCCAAACCCUGAAUUCGUUCAUGAAAGACAAAAACUCCAGCUUCUCGAAGCGUGUGUACGAAACGGGCGAGCAACAGCUACGUUCACUCCUCAUGGAACCCGUUCAGCGACUGCCCCGCUACAGUCUCCUGAUCGACACAAUGAUGGGCAGCCUGCCUUUGAUCCACCCUGCUGUUCGACCGUUUUUGAAGGCACGGGAUAUUAUCAAGGACAUCUGUUCGCUGGACAACCCGUCAUUGACAGACCAUUCGCAGAGCUUCCAACGACUUAAAGAACUUGUCGAUGGCUGGCAUGCCUCCAUUGUGCCAAACGGUCGCUUGAUCACCGCAGUUGACUUCGACGAACUGUCGCCACCAUAUCAUAUGGAUGUGCAAACGCCAAGUCCGAGCACAGGGAUCAUGCUGCUAUAUAAGAAUUGUUUAGUCCUUUUAUCUAAGGCCCCCGACAGCCGGAUGACCGCACGUGGACUAUUGGCUGAUCUUGACCACGCCGCAUCGACAACAACAGACGCUCCAGGAACAUUCAGCAGCACCGAGAUUAGGGUCGCACGGGUGUUCGACAUCCACAGCGUUCGUUGUAUGCAAUCAACAUGUGGGCGCAUUUUGUUUCUCGCGCCGGCUUCCGGCAAAUCUGGAGUCGCGAAUGACAAUGCUAUGGAUCUCCUCGCAUUAGAGUUGUCUGGUAUGUAUGAAACACGGGCCAAUCGACUGAUUGAAGAGUUCGCCAAAGCCAAGAUUGAGGGCCGGUUCUCCGAAUCUGAACGAGAAAAUGGGAAGUGGACACUUCGGAGUCCUACAAGUGGAACAGUGGGUAAUAUUGGGAUUUUAGCUUGCGUUUUUGAGGAGGAUGCAGAUGGGAAGAUGAAUCGGUCUGGUCCUGCCAAGAUCCGGGUGCUCUUCAAUACCCCCAAAACAGAAAGCAGUCGGAUGCUGGCCACUUCGGAUGUGGAGGUGGUCGUUUUGGUAACGGCCGGAGAGGAAGAUCAGUAUCGAGUGGACAUCGACUCGACCGUCGGUACUCCUUCCUCUGAUUUGGUCACAGCAGAUAGCUUCAUACCAGUGCUUUCAAAGCGUCUCUUGAAUGUGCUACUUCCGCUACAUGGUCCUCGAAAUCCAACCUUGACUGUACCCAUUGUACACUCGAACUUUGAGAUUCUCCGUUACAUCGCCGGCAACCUCAUAACCCAAGUCAAAGCGCCACGCGGUUUCCGACCGCCAUCACCGUCCAAACUGCUUUCGAGUCUUUUGGGUGGAAAUCAGCCAAAGGACAGCUCAUCAAAUCUCAAGACACCUAACUCUGCCUCGUUACUGGGCGAAUUUCCGAGGAUGCCACCUCCAAGGAUCAACCUCACCCGGGCCAACACCUUACCCUCUAGCGUCCCUACGAAAGAGGAAAAUCCGAACAGAAUUUCCGUGGUCGAGACAACCGGUUCCAAAGGACCAGAAGACCAAUUUGGCUUGUUGGAGCAAACCUUUGCUGCCUAUGCUCUGGCACUGCAGUCGCGGAGUGGGAACAUCGUUGGACGAACCCUGCGCGGGAGGGACAGCGUGGAUCGUUCCUCUGUCAAUGAGCUGUACAAUGUGCUGCUGGAAGAUCCUGGAAAGAUUCAGGCUGCGGCCGAAGUUCCUGUGGACACACUAUUCGUUGCCUUUGAGACCUUUGUGGCUAACGCAUGGCGGGAACACAUGGGACCAGUUCUUGACCCAUCGUCUCUAAAGCUCAUUCAGAGCCAGUUUGAUACCAUGUUUCCGCGUGACUUUGACGAGAGUUUCCGGAAGUUCUUGGCCGAGAUGAGCCCUCAGAACCGUCGUGCGUUUGCUGCGAUGGUACGGUUGCUUGCGGAGUUGCUGGACGCUUCGGGUAAUGACGGUGAUCGCGGUGCUCUUACGGCCGCCUUUGCGGAGAUCCUCACCGUCGAUGGUGAUCCGAUGCAACAUAUCUCUCUCUUGGAUCGCUUGGUGGAUGACUUUGACAACCUCUUCGAUGAGUAUAUCCCGGGUGGUGCGUCACUGGAAGGGACCCUUAUCUGCGACCAAACCAAGUCCGCAUCGCACAACACGGGCUCCAUCAACUCCAAUGCGUCUUCAUUCCGGAAGCGGUUCGGUUUCAGCUUACACCGCGAGGGAUCAAAACAUGAAGGGGAGAGCAAGGUGUCAUCCAUAUUGCGAACCUUGAGUAAGGGCAAGGGAUCAGGAGACUCAGAAUCCAACACCCCCAAGGGCUCUUUGUCACGCUCCAAAUCGAUAGACGUGGAUAACAGUCUAAGCCUACUUUUACGCCCUGGCUCCCGUGAUCGGACCGCAGCGUCUUCUCAGGAACAAAUCAUUCGUCCAGGUAGUGGGCAUGAGCACACUGGGUCUAUUUCUUCGUCGAUUAGAGGUAUAUCGACAAAUGCGCCUGUCAAGGUCCGCCGAAAGCGACGGAGCUCUCUUUCUGACCUACGACCUAAUACUGCUUCGACAACAACGACAUCUGACUCUUCACCAUCAAGACCUGUAACUCCUGGGUCGGGGUCUAACGUAAUGACUCCAACAAAGACCAGACCACAGAGCUCAGGGUCGGGCCGCAGUCCGUCGCCAGUUAAAUUCGGCUCGCCUUCCAGAUCACCCACACGUCCUGCCACACCUAGCCGCAAAGAGAACAUUGAUCCUCGGUCACAAGGGGAGCGUUCACCAAGGAAGAAGGGUGAGAAUGCCAGUACUGGCUCACCGGAAGAGUACAAGAAGAGGUCUCGGGCGUUGAGUAUACCGUCGCGUGGUGGACUACGAGAGCGUCCGGCGUUGGCUAAUAAUCCUGAUCUGAAACGCGGUGGGACUCCACAGAAGACGCAGAAGUUGCGGAUGCAAAGUCCGCAAAAACUACGGGAUCGUCUUCAGAACGAGAAGAGAGCCCAGGCUUCUGCACAUUUGGGGUUGAAGGAUGAACUGGACCUGAUUAGCAACGAGUUGCAAGGUCUGAAACUUCGACCAACGCAGCAAAUCCAUGCUGUGAAUGAAGAUCUGGACGCCGACGAACACUCUUCAAAUGCUGUGCUCGCAUCCCGGAUAGAGACUCUGGAGUCGCGCUUCGAAACAUUGUCUGGAGACCUUAACGGACGGACAUCUGCCAUGGAACGGGAUCUAGAAUCAUCUCUACUCGUGAGCGAGAAACGGGCCAAGAAACUUGACGAGUUGUAUCGCGAGGCCAGCGCGGAGAACGAAGCGCUCUACGACCGGUUUAAUUCGGAAUUGAGCAAGCUUGCGAAAGAUGUACGAUCGGGGAGUACAGAGGAGGCUCUCAAGACUCAGUUGAACAGCGCUCUUGAUGAGAUUGGGCGGUUGAAGAAGGAGAAUUUCCGUCUCAAGAGGGAGGUUGGUGGUUUGCGUGCUCAGCAAGCUGCCGUUGCAUUGUUGAAGGCGAGCGAUUGA